CGUAGUAAACACGUACUUGCUAUCGCUUGCGCAAAACAUGUGGAAAGUGAGAGAUGCAAAGGGCCCACAAGGGAAGUACCGGUGUUAUUCACCCACUUCUAUGAAUGCUGCCUAUGUACAUAUCAGACAGACAGGGUCCAAAAUCAGAACAACUGCCAGAGAGUUUGGGGUACCUGAAGCAUCCCUGAGGCACAGGCUGUGUGGCAGAGUGAAUCCGGAAAGUUUACAUUCGGGUCCACAACCGAUGUUUUCCAACGAGGAGGAAGCCCAUCUUGUGGAACACAUCAAGACCAUGGCAGAGUGUGGAUAUGGCUAUCGGCGGGCUGAAGUUGUGACCAUGGCCUCGGAGUAUGCUGUUUACCUAGAAAAACGGGACCAAGCCCAUCCUCUAUCAAUGAAAUGGUUCCGUGGCUUUAUGUCAAGGUGGACGGAACUUAAAGUUUUAAAACCUCGUGGACUUGAAUUACAACGGGCCAAGGCGAUCAACAUGGCGUCAGUGACCAGAUAUUAUACUGAACUAGGGUCUAUUCUGGCUAAGUAUUGUUUAAAGGACAAACCAGAAAGAGUCUACAAUAUAGAUGAGAAGGGCCUGUCCACGUCACAUACUCCACCAUCAGUAGUGACCACUGAGACCAAAGUUCCAGCCGUUACAUCUGGUUCCAGAACACUCAUCACUGUGAUUGGCUGUGGCAACGCAUUGGGGUAUAGUGUGCCACCAUAUUUUGUUUUUCCAGGGGCCAGAAUGCGUUCGGAAUUAUUGGAAGGAGGUUGCAUUGGUGCUGAUGGAACUGUGUCUGAAUCUGGUUGGAGCAAUAGCAGCGUGUUUCGCAAAUACAUUGCAGAACACCUUAUGAAGUACUUACCUGAACGUUCUCCAGACAAACCUGUUCUCCUGCUGUAUGAUGGCCACAAGUCUCAUAUAAACCUUGGCUUAAUUGACUGGGCAAGAAAACAUAAUGUGAUUUUGUUCAUACUGCCUGCUCACACCAGCCACGUGCUACAACCGUUAGAUGUGGGAUGCUUUGGACCUUUCGAACGAAUCUACAACUCUGUGUGCCAUCAGUUCAUGAGAGAAAACUGUGGGAAGAGUAUAACUCGCUACAACGUUUGUAAUCUGGGUUGUCAGGCAUAUGCAAAGGCACUCUCUGCUAGCAACCUACAAGCAUCCUUCCGAAAAACAGGCAUACACCUCUACAAUCCAUCAGUUGUUGAUGCAUCCCACUUCAAGCCUUCAGAGGUCCUACAUUCAAGCCCUGCGAUGCCAGCACCACAGAGUGACGCUCAACCCACUGCUAAGGAAUUCUUUAAAGGCAAAGUAGCUGUUCCCAAGCCAAAUGACAGCACAACCAUAAAAAGGAAGUAUCUCAGCACUAUAGUCAGUGGUAGGGCAAUCACUGAAGAUUCAGUUCUUGAAAAAGUGAGGGACCAUGAGCAGUCUAAGCACCAGAAAAAAUCUGCAACCCAGCAAGACCAUCAACCUGGACCAUCUGGAUCAGCAAGUCAGUCAAGGGUUGAUAAAAGUGCCAUGUCAGAAAGUGACCAGGAUGACUCAAACACUGAUGUAUGCUGCGUGUGUAACCUGUUCACACCUGUUGAAGUACACAACAGUGCAUCUGUUGUGUUUGUCAAGUGGGUGCAAUGUGACAAAUGUGAACAUUGGGUCCAUCUGAUAUUUUGCACUCAAGUGAGGGUUGUUAGAAGGGGUGAUAAGUUUCUAUGUCCUCACUGUGCCACCGAGGAAUAAGCACCUUCAUAUUGCAGUGUUAUGUAAUCAACACUGUUGUUAGUAUUGAAUGUUACAAUAAAUUUUGAAUUUAAUAUGUGUUUUACAUAUUUUAGGUACCAGUGUACAAGUUCAGUCUGCAUGGUUAGGUACCGGUAAGUUAAAUUUCAGCGUACAGUCUCCAAUGUUAACAAGGCAGCCAAUCAAAUGCGAUGUUGACAACAUACCAAGGCAGCCAAUCAAAUGCGUCAUUUCAGGUCACUCUCAGAAAACAUGGCCGCUUCCAUAGUGUAGCAAACUUUUAAUCUGGUGGUGUUUUUUGUGUGACUUAUGUCAACUUUUUGUUUCAAACGACAUAAGAAGGCAUUCAAAAAAGAAAAGCAUUGUAGGUUUAUGAAAGUUGAAGAUGUUAUAAAAACUUAUUUUGUUUAAUUGCUUACAUGCGUCAAAACAGGUCACUCGAGGAUAG